ACUCCUGAUGGGCCUCCAAGUUGCAGGUCUGGUCAGAGGAACAGAGUCGCCGGCCGCAGGGACGGCAUGGAGCGGAGACGACGGGGGUUCCCGCUGGCUCUCCUACUCUUCAUAGCGUCGGCGCCUACAGUGGGCGCGCAAUACGAAAAAUACAGCUUCCGCGGCUUUCCAGAAGCUGAGCUGAUGCCCCUGCAGAGCGCAUACGCCUAUGCUUUAGAGCAGUACGAGGGCGAGAACUGGAGGGAGAGCAUCCGCUAUUUGGAGGCGAGUUUGCGCCUUCACCGCCUGCUCCAAGACAGCGAGGCGCACUGCCAUAAGGAAUGCGCGGGGAGCGAGACGUUAGACACCGGCCCACUUUUUACAGAGCUUGCCAAGGGCGCGUGGGAUAGCCCGUCUCCUUCGAAGCUGCUUCUGAAAGGCGGUUCGCUCGCAGGGCUUGAAGGUAGCGCGGGAUGCGGCGUGAAUGCUUCGGAGAUCACGCCCGGAGAGGCUCUCCAGGACCAGGAGAUGGAAUACUUCGGGCUUGUCCUACAGCGCGCUUCCUGCCUGCGGAGAUGCAAGGGCAACCUUCCCGUCUUUCAGCUCACCUACCCGCCGACCGAGACUUUGCGAGACUUUCAGCGGCGCACUCCUUACCAGUAUCUUCACUACGCGCUUUUCAAGACAAAUAAAGUUGAGAAAGCUGUAUCAGCUGCCCACACAUUCCUACAGAAGAAUCCGAAGCAUGAGAUGACCCAAAAGUACCUCAAUUAUUACAAAACUAUGGUGGAUGUAGAUGAGUACCUUGUAGACUUGGAAGCACAACCAUAUGAGACGGUUUUUGUCAGAGCAGUGAAGCUUUACAAUAGUGGAGAUUUUAGGAGUAGCAUUGCUGACAUGGAGCAUGCACUGUCCAAAUACUAUGAAGCCUAUGAAAAUUGCCUAGCUGGCUGCGAGGGUAGCUAUGAGGUCUCUGAAUUUAAGGAUUUCUAUCCAGCUAUAGCAGAUCGUUUUGUUUUUGUCCUGCAAUGUAAAGUAGAUUGUGAAGUUGACCUGACCCCAAAUGUUGGUGGCUAUUUUGUGGAGAAAUUUGUGGCCACGAUGUAUCACUAUCUUCAGUUUGCAUAUUACAAAUUGAAUGAUAUUAAGAAUGCAGUACAGAGUGUAGCUAGCUACAUGCUCUUUGAUCCUGGAGAUGAAGUCAUGCAGCAAAAUCUGGUUUAUUAUCGUUUCUAUCGUGAACGUUGGCAUCUAGAAGAGGAGGACUUCAACCCACGACCAGAGGCCUUGCGUUAUCAUAACUGGACAUCCACACAGAAGAAACUCUUGGAGUUUGCCAGGCAAUAUCUCCAGCCAGAUGAUGAGGGAGAGGUGGACGAAGGAGUUGACGGGGUAAAAAAAACUGCAUUGCCAUCUGAUGCUGAGUUUGAAAACAUUGGUGACUAUGAAGAGGGUUUUUUGUCUGAAUGGUGGCAGGAACCCAGAUCAAAAGGAGACAAAGGUGACGAAGAGAGACUUGAUGGAGCAAUAUGAUUCCCAUAAUAACUGCAGGUGAAGGGGAGCCAUUGUUGUUUUCUUGGACCUACCAAAGUAGACUUGGAACUGGCAAGAUGAAUUUUGACAACAUUCUAACAUGUUCUGUGCCUUUUGAACCUCAUAAUAAUAUCUCCAAAGACUGGGAAAGUUCUACCAGCAGAACCUCUAUGCAGAAUAUUUAGAUCCUCUCCUGCAAAUGGAUUGAUAAAACAAGAACAGUUCUGAGCUAAACCAGGAAACCUUCCCACUGGAACCUCAUUUAUAAAAAGUACUGUGAAUGGGCUUGGAAUAAAAAUAUCUCAACACAAAGGACAAAAAAGAAGCCAAUGCUGCAUUUAUUUUUGGUUUUAUAUAUUCUGCUUUGUGACCUCAUAUAUGUUGGGAACCAAAGUUCUUACCCAUCUGUGAAAGGUAGUGUGUGCAUAACUUGAUUUUCCAUAUUCAGUUUUAUUAAAUGCCUUAUUUGCCCAAAGGCAGGACAACUCCCCUCCCCAAUAAUUAACUUUUAAGUGUGUGUACAGUGGAGAAGUUAUAAUUUAUCUGCAGUGUCAUGGAUCCUUUAACUAUACUCAAUUUAGUGGGCUCCACACACAAAAGGAUCAACAACAAUAUAGAUCCCUAGACCAGUGUUUCUCAACCUUGACAACUUGAAGUCCUGUGGACUUCAACUCCCAGA